AAUUUGCAUAGUUGACAGCUCAAUUGAGCGCCCCGCAAAGUAGGCAACGAAUCUUUAUUGUUCACCCUUGGCCCACUACCUGUUGCCGGCUUUCACUUUCACAGCUUUCAUAGCUCACAGCUAGCUGUUCGCAGCUGCUGUCACGAAGCGUCACGUCGACACGAAGCAGCCGCAGCAUCAGUCGCAGCAGCAACAGCAGCAACCGAUGGCCGUCAAGGCAAUGAAGUUCAAGUGCAACAGUUAUAUUUGCCAUUGAAGCCGACCUGCCACCUGCUCUACAUUCGUUGAUACUUCCACCCCGCUCUUGUUCUUGCUAUCCCUUAGUAGUCAAACCUCGGCGCGUGCUCGACAUUGGCUGGCAGCAUUUCUAGGCCAGGGCUGUGUCGUGUAUGCUCUAUGUGUAUUUGCAUGUAUGUGUGUGUGUGUGUCUGUGUGUUACAAAGCCAAAAGCCGAAGUGGCACGAACUUGACUCGUCGACAAACUGUGGAAAGGACUUGAAACGUUUGGGAUGCUGCGGUUGCUGCUCCAGAUGCUUCUCGCUGCGUGCUCAGUUUAGUUUUGUGCGCUGCCGUUGACGCUUCGAUUAGCAUUCGGUCGCGCUUCUCCCAAAAAGUUUUCAUUUUGCAUACAACACACAAACUGUGUGUUUGACUGUCUUUUGUGCGCAGAGUUUUAAAUAAGUUUUCGUUUCGUUUUUGGAAAAUAUACAUUGAACGGUUUCAAAUAAGAUGCGACGUCAGCAGACACGUUAUCGCAGCGAUUCGAUUGCUGCCAGCAGCAGUGGCAGCGGAACUGGAGCAACACGUAAACCAUCUUUGGUCACUGCACCAUCUUUGAGCAGUGCUUCGCCCACGCGCCGCGAAUCGCUGGUCAAACCCACUUGGCAGCACAUUACCCCAGGGCAGUUGCCAGUGAAAACGCUCGACAAGAUCAAUGGCAUUGCCUCGGAUGAUUCCGAUGAUGAUGGCUAUCCGAAGCGACGUCCCAGCGUCAUUGUGCAUCAGCGUCAGCAAUCGCUGUCACAGCAGCCGCUGCUGCCCGACUACAUGAGUCCAUCGCAGCUCUAUCGCGAUCAUCUCCAGCAGCAACAACACCAGCAACAGCAGUUGCAAUCAGCACAACAAUCCACACAACAGCAGUCGACAUCGAUUGGCAAUGGUUUUAGCAGUAGAUUUUUGAGCAGCAUGCGUCUGACAGCAGCUGCCGAGCAGCAACCGUUGCUCGAUACUGGAGGUGGAGGAGGUGGCACAGUUGCUGCUGCUGCUGGCGGAGGCGGAGCUGCUGCCGAUGCUGCUGCUGCCUCGACGGUGGGACCCGGCAAUGAUGGCGCUGGAGCAACGCUUUGCAAAUCGGCAGGACGUGCUCUAAUACGCAUGAUAUCCUCGGCACCCGGUCAGGAUGAGGACGAGGACUUUGAUAUCAUGGGCAAGGUUAUAAUGCUGGGCGAUUCGGGAGUGGGCAAAACAUCGCUGUUGAUUCGAUUUCGCGAUGGUCGCUAUGUGCCCAGCUAUUUCCUGAGCACAGUUGGCAUUGAUUUUAGGAACAAAGUGGUCGUCGUCGAUGGCACGCGCGUCAAAUUGCAAAUCUGGGACACAGCUGGCCAGGAACGUUUCCGUAGCGUGACGCACGCCUACUAUCGGGAUGCACAUGCGCUGCUCUUGCUGUACGACGUCACCAACAAGACCACCUACGAUAAUAUACGCGCCUGGCUGGGCGAGAUACGAGAGUAUGCACAGGAGGAUGUGGUCAUCGUUUUAAUAGGCAACAAGGCCGAUUGCAGCAGCAGCGAACGACAGGUGAAACGGGAGGAUGGCGAACGACUUGGACGUGAGCACAAUGUGCCGUUCAUGGAGACAUCGGCCAAGACGGGACUCAAUGUGGAGCUGGCAUUCACAGCGGUCGCCAGGCAGCUGAAGAGUCGCGGCUACGAGCAUGGCGAUGAUGGAAAAUUCAAUGUGCAUGAUUUUGUGCGUGACAAUACAAAGGCUCGAUCCGUUUGCGCUCAAUGCAGGAACAUGUAAUUUGUUAAUGCCCCGCAACCGUCCCCGCCCCCUAAAAGCACACAAUGAAAACUUGCACAAAACCAAACAAAAUAAAUAAACAAAAAAAACCAACAAAGAGAAGCUCACAAAACAAUGCGCAAAUUUGUACAACAAAAAACCCAAAAAAAAAAAAAGAAUAUUUCCAUAUAAAACCGAAACGACAACAACAAAAAGAUAUUGGCUAUUGAGAGGAGCACGCGUUGGCAACACAGCUUUUUAUAAGGCCCUGACCUUAGAGGUAAAGUGAGAGCGAGAGGAGAGGAGAGCUAUGGCUAGCAUUUUGUAUGUAAAUUGAAUAUUGCCUGGCAUUUUUUUCGGGAGGGAAAAUGUAUAAUUUUUUUACACACACACACACAACAACAAAACAAACGUUGCUCACGAUGUGAGAGAAUUUUUGCUGGGGAAAUGUGAAGAAGAUCAGAGUGCAUUGUGUUGGCAUUUUGAUAGCAGAAAUAAAUAAUAAUGAAUAAUAUAUACAUAUACAUUGAAUACAAUAUAUACAUAUAUAUAUUAUAUAUAUCUAUAUACAAGUGCAUACUUUAUUUUUGUCGGGGACAAUGGCGAGAAGUCCCUGUUGGGGGUAAGAAACUAAUUCGUGGCGAAAAUUCGCAUCGCGCAGCAAAAUCAUGCAACAUUGAGAUUUGUCCAACACGUCUACAAGAAAAUGGGAAAUGGCUAAGACGACGUGCAUAAAUUCGUAUUUAAUAUAAUAGCGCUGUUAGUGGCCAUACAAUAUGUGAAAUAUGUACUACAAAAAAAUGAAUGUAACAAUACAUACAUAAUCUACAUAUAAAGUAUACUUUACACAUACAUACAUAUAAAAAACAAAGGCAUUGCCAUGAGAGCAACCUACCUAGAUUGAACCAAACCCAAUUAAUGACAAAACAAUCACUCAAUUUACCUUAACUGAAGAUACGAAAAACAACAACAACAAAAUCUACCAACUAUUUAAUUAUGUAUGUAAAUUUAUUGAGACUAUUUCGUUUAUUUUUAUGAAAUCGUUAAGUGUUAUGCCUACCGUUAAGUUUUAAUCCCACACACUCUAAACAAAAAAUACGCACACAAAAAAAAAACAA